UCUGUGAGACUGCAAUGAUCAACAUGUUGUUCUUGCACUAGUUUCUCAUGCGGAUUGAACUGUUUACAUCGGAUGUUGUUAGGCUCAUGAGAAGUUCAAUUUUUUUAGCAAAUUAACAACCUUUCUUGUCCCUGUUUCUGUAAAUAUGGAAGGGCUUGUGCUAUUGGAACCAACAGAAUUAUAUAAUAUGCUUCAACAAGCAUCAGUCUAUUCUAACCUGAGUGACAACAACUAUUUGUUAUUGAUAGAUGCUAGAAACAAGGAUGAUUACAAUGAAAGUCACAUAGUUACUGCAAAGAAAGCUCCCAAGAAUAAGGAUGGGCAGUUUUUUGUUCCUUUCGAUUCAGAGCUGGAAUGCAGACAGAAUGUCGUAGUGUAUGACAGUAACACUUGCAGUGUGAAAGAAACAACUGAAGCAAAUGACUGUGGAAGCCUUCUUUGGGAAAUGGGAAGCCGGAAUAAGGUUUACAUACUGAAAGGUGGCUAUGAAGAAUUUUCUGCUUUGUACCCAUUUUUGAGAACACAGAAAAUUAUUUUUAUGCCAAAAGAACUUGAUGAGAUAAAGCCCUACCCUGCCGAGAUAAUCACCGGCUUUCUGUAUCUGGGCGACUGGCGUCAGGGCAACGCCUCGUAUGUACAGAAGGACCUCAAAAUUAAGGCCCACAUAAACUGCUGCGUUGAGGCAGAAACAUUUUUUCCUGCAAACAGUGGACACCUGCUUCACAUCCAGUGUGAUGACUCCAGCGAUGCCGAUCUCUCAAGCAAGUUUGAAGUCGCGUGUAAAUUCUUAGACUCAUGCCAAGAGAAGAACAAGCCAGUAUUAGUGUUCUCUAACCUGGCUAUCAGUCGAAGUGCCGCGAUUGUCAUGGCAUAUCUCAUCUACCAGCGGAAAAUCACAGUCGAGGAGGCUUUUAACCAUGUAAAAAAAUGUUCCAACUACAUCCAGCCAGUACAAGCGUUUAUGGACCAGCUUAAAACCUGGAGUGCCAAAGUUCUGGGAAAAUAACUGACAACAUGUUGUUAUAUUCUGUGAUAAUGGUCUUGUUCUGUGUUGCACAUAAUUUGUUUACAAUUCAGAAUUAUGGAAAAGUUGUUAAAGAGUAUUCUUUGUUGGAACUUUUAAAACUGUUUAACUUAUUUUUUUUAUAAAUAUUGAUUUGUUAUUCAUUUUGUUUUUACAUGGAUUUGAAAAAAAAGUCACAAAAAAGUUGUUCCUGGUAAUCACAAUGCUUUUAAUCUGAAUGAACUUGAUUGUUUUGUAUAUAUCUCUGUACUAUUGUGCCAAUUUUCCAAAUAUUUUGUAUUUCUUAGCUUGACAUAUCUCUUAUGCUUAUAUUUUAUUUGCUUAACUUAAAGUCCCUCUUUUUCAAGUCAACUUAGGCCAUCUUUAUAUAAAAAUGUUAAUGAAACGAUUUCUUUUAAACCUUACAUGAAUCGGAAUCAGUUAAUAUGGCUGAACCAAUUUCAUCUUUAGUAUGAAUGAAUUUGGACAAAAGAAAUUGUAGCGAGCAUGCAAAAUAUUUUUUUUUUUUUUUUAAUUGGUUUUAUCCAGGAUCAGGUGCUAGCUAGCGAAACCAUUAUCCUAUAUGGAAUAUAAUUUUGAAAAAUGAUCCUGUAUAAGUAUGACUUGAUUAUCCAUUCCAUGUGUAUUUUCAAGCAAAUACCCAACAAAGUACCCCUUUCAUACGACUGUUUCAGUUGUCUGAUCAUAUAAUAACAUGUUUUUGCAUUAUUCGAUGCAAAAUGGGUUUACAGAACUGUUGUUUUUUUGCCUUUUUUCAACUCUUAUUUUUCCUUUCAUUUAAAAAAAAAAUCAGUGCAGAAAAUCUGGUCAAAUGAAAUAUCAAUUUGAUGUGGCCUCAUUUUUAUUUAUUUAUCUGAGAUAGAAUCAGAAUGUUACUUUUUUGUGGAUAAAAGACUGUGUAUUUUUACUAUUUCUUCCUGUUGUUUGUUUGAUAGUUUAUAUUUCCAUAAGUGUCAAUAUAAUCUUUGUUUGUUAUUCCAGUCUUCAGUGUUAUUUCUGUACAGUCAAAACUCGCUAUGUCGAACUCUGUUAUCUCGAUAUUUUGGUUAUAGUAUCUCGAUAUUUUUGUUAUAGAAUCUCGAUAAUUUGGUUAUAGUAUCUCGAUAUUUUGGUUACAGUAUCUUGAUAUUUUGGUUAUAGUAUCUCGAUAUAUUGGUUAUAGUAUCUCGAUAUAUUGGUUUGUCAAGCUUUUUUCAAAUGUAUUUAGUUUACCUAUACACUUUUUGUAAUUCAGAUAUAUUGAAUGUUAGUUAUAUCAAAAGAUUUUCCUGAGGUCUCAAAGACUUUGAUAUAGCAAGUUUUGACUGUAUGCUCUUUGGAAAAAACAUAAUGUACAAUUUGUUGUGAUGCUACUUUAUCAGCAUUUAAUGCAUUUGUUAAACUUUUCCCUAUUGUCCAUUUCUGUUUUAUUUUAUUUGGGUAACUGUUUUCUGUCUUCAUAUUAUUACAUUUACAUUAAAAAAUAUCAACUUUU